AUGGCGCACAAAUCGCCUACAACCAGUGUGAAGUCGCGGGAGAUGAUCGGCGGGGACCAGUUCAGUCAGCGGCGCGAGGUUUUCGAAAAGCACGACACUGUGUUUUUGCCCCUACCUUCCCCAACGUCCGUUACGCCCACGUACAAGGAGGUGGAGCCGAUCAUUACCACUAACCACGGAAUAACGACGUCUAAUUUUAAGCGCAAUACUUCUGGCUAUUCCAGCAUGCGCGAGACGAGAAGCGAAGAUCGACAACACGAUUAUCGACCACGAAAAUAUUCCGACAAUUUCACAUCCGAACUGAAUCAAAGCGACGAUGUCGACUACAGAUACAGUAUGGCAGAGAGAAAUAGACGGCUGUCGAAACUGCGACGAGACUUCUUAAAAUCGAAUUUACAUGAACCAGGCGAGAACACACUUCAACGAGGCGGCGUACGCGCCUCGCUGCCUACUACUAACACGGUCUCAGCAAUAAGGUACAAAGUAGAAAAUUUUAAUAUACAUAAAUUUCCAUUCGCCGAACCGUAUGCAACGCCAACACCGACACGCAGGGUUGUCGUGGAUUUAGGAUCGCCAAACGGUGAAGAAAAUGAAGGCGAGGAAGUCAAAGAAAAAUCUAAGCACCAGAGUUUACCAAACAAUUCAAAGCCCGGCUCUCCGAUAAUAGAUCCUCAGAAACUUUAUGAAGAAUUAGUUAAACGAUAUUCGCCACAACGCAAGCCCGUAGAUUGGACUUUACCACCUACAAGGCCGAAGGUAGUGGGUUCCGUUCCGAAGUCUACUUCAAGUGCGGCGGACAGCGUCGAUAGUAUCGACAGAAAAGAUCCGGAAAUAGAUGAUGUGUUUGAGAAAAAAGGUGAAAAUAAUAGUGAAGCCAAUAAUAAUGAAAAUUCAGAACAAAAGCCAGUUGAAGAAAUUAAGCCGAAUGUGGAAAUAUUACACAAUGGAGAAGUAGGGGGAAAUAAAAAUCCUAACAACGACUCUACAAAUAAAACUAAUGAUUCCAAAAUAUCUCUCUCCGAGCUGGAGGAAAACGACUAUGUGCCCGAACUAUCGAACGUCAAGCCACAAUUAAGGAGAGAGUCUAUAAAGAAGCCACCAGUUGACAAAAUUGUUGAUUUAACCAUUCCAGCACUUAUUGAAAAAAUGACAGCAGAAGGUGAAAAUAAUCAUAAACCCGAGGGUAAAAAAGUUAAAAGGAAGAGAAGUUUUAUCGACAAACUUUUAGGCAGAAAUAAGGGAGUAAAAAGAGAAAAG